AUGCCUAGUCAAUCUUGGCGUAUGACAUCGUCAGCUUCUGGUACACCUUCUUCAAAUAUAGCAAAUUGCACAAUUUCAACUUCAAAUACAACUCGAAUUGGUGGAAAUACGCUUCCUCGUGCUGCAAAACGAUUAUCAUCCGUCACUAAAUCAAACAUUCCACGAUUUAAAAGACGUAAGAGUUUCGCACCUCUAUAGCUAUCUCUAAUUUUUAUUGUUAUAUGUGAUGGUGGUGGUGGUGGUUUUGGGCUUAUGUUAGAAUUUUCAUUUUUCCUGGGAAUGAUUGUAGUUUUUUAAAGAUGCAUAGCUUUUCUCCAAAUUUAGACUAAAUAUUUUCUUAUACUCUUCUAAAAAGAGGGGAGAAACAUGCGUCCACCCUCUAAUGGUGCACAUACUCCCCAAUAUGCAUGAAUAAAUGGGAAAGAAAUAGAUAGGGUGGAGGAGGGUGAAAAAGGAAAGACUCAUUAGAUAUUGAACAGACGUUGUCUGCUUUCUGGAUUAAAAGGAAAACCCUUUUUUCAAAUUUGUGAACGAAAAAAAACUAUUCUUAUCUUAUAUUUCUCUGUAUCUAUGAAACUAAAUAUUUUAUUUUUUCAAAAUUCUUUUUAUUCCAUUUUACUAGAAUGAGUCAACCCGAAAAAUUGAUUUUAGUAAAUAGGAGAAGAGGUAAGAGGAACACCUGCUUUGUUCAUUUAAUUAAGCGUGAGCGUGGACCUUUUAAAAAUUCCAUUUUCAUUUCUAUUUUCAUUCGGCUUCUAUUUUCAAGCUAUUCUUCUAUUGUUUCAAAAAGAUUCAGAAAUUUGGAGAAAAUUAUCGAUUUUUCAAAAAAAAAAAAACGUUUGAAUUGUAGCUGUUCCACCGCACUCAGCGCGUCCACAUUCAACAAUUCUAUCGACAACUUUAUCAUCAAACUCUCGAUUUCGUACUGGACACGAGCAAACUCUAAAUAAUCAAACUAUUUGUGCUUCAUCUUUGGCUGCAAUUGACGAUUUAGAUACUCCAAAAGCAUCAGUUUUCAAUUUAUCAAAACUUGGAAUGCCUUCAUCAUCAAAUGGAACAAAUACAGCUGAAGGUUCGAUGACGUCAUCAAUGGUUAUGGAUAGUAGCGGAAGUGGAUUUAAUCGAGAACCAUCACCAAGUGAUAUUGGGGAAUCAAGAGAUAUGGUGAUGGAAAUGCAAAAAAGAUGUCGAAUUGGACCAUCUGGUUAUCCACAUCUUGUUAAAGCAAAACGAUUAAGGUUUUAUCGAAAUGGUGAUCAAUAUUUUAAGGUAUUUAGUUUUUUCUUAAUUGUUAAGGGGUUUUUGAAUCGAUUUUCCCCACUUUUUUAUUAAAAGUCAAGUCCUUUCCAAAAUUUCUUUAUAUUUUAGGGGAUAACCUAUGCUCUUCAAAGUGAUCGAGUAAAAUCAAUGCAACCUUUAAUGGAAGAUUUGAUGAAAACAGUUAUGUGUGAUUCAACCGCUUUACCUCAUGGUAUUAGGCACAUUUUUACAAUUGAUGGAACACAAAGAAUCACUUCUGUAGAUCAAUUUGAAGAUGGAGGCGCCUAUGUUUGUUCUAGGUAAGUUUUUCUAAAUAUUCCGAGUUUUUUUCAAAUACACAAAUAAUUGUUUUAGUACUGAUACUUUCAAACAAGUUGAUUAUUCACGAGCAGCCGAGCCAAGUUGGAGAUUAACACUUGCAAAUCGUUAUAAUCGACAUAAAGAGACUACAAAACUUGCUUUAAAUGUUGUUGAACACGCUCAAGAACGAACUGAUUUUGUGUAUCCGCGUAUCAUUAAAGUUAUACGAAAUGGUGUUAAACCGCGAAAAAUAGUUCGACACUUGUUGAAUAAGAAAACUGCUCGAUCAUAUGAUCAAGUUUUGCGAGAUUUGACUGGAAUUGUGAAAUUGGACAGUGGAGCGAUUCGAAAAUUGUUUGCGGUUAGUGGAAGACAAAUUAUUCGACUUGAAGAUUUCUUUGGUGAUGAUGAUGUUUUUAUUGCGUAUGGUGGAAAUGAAAGAAUGGCUGCUGAUGAUUUAUUAGUCGCCUCAGAAGGUUUUUUUUGCUCUUUUUAGAAGAAAAUAUUAGCCUAACUGUUACAGAAUAUAAAUGUGUUUCAACAUCAAAUUCAAAAAUUCGUCGUCACAAUGGUCGAAGAGUUAUGCCAAAUCGAAAUGAAUCGCUAAGAUUCGAUCGAUCUGGAAGUGUUGUUCCUGAUGAAUCUGCUCAAAGACUUCCUGCUGAAUUAGCCGAACAUUUUGUUUUGAAUCGUUUGAUUGGAGAUGGAAAUACUGCUGUUGUUUAUGAAGUUACCGAUAAGUAAGUUAUUUAUGAUUAGAAAGAUAGAUCUAAAAUCUAUCAUCAUAUAGUAACUGUAGUUUAACUCACGUUCCACUAUGAUUUUUCUGACCAGUUAGGGGUGAGAUCGAACCGCAAAAUGAAGAAAAUAUAAAUUAUUUAUCAGAUAAAACACGUGAAUUGACCUAUUUUUUCGAAAAAUGAAAACGUGACCAUUAUUUUAUGACGAAUUGUCAUUUUUGAAAAAAUUCGCUCUGAAAAUUGGUUCGCUUUUCUCUCUGUAAUUUUAGAUUCAGAAUAUGGUAUGUUUUCAAAAUUAUAAAUUUUAAGUAUACAUUUUUAAACUCCAAGACUGAUUAAUUUAAAAUAACAAUUUUCUGUAAUUUUCAGAGUAAAUCAAGAAAGAAGAGCAAUGAAAGUAAUUGCACGAGAAAAUGUGAUUGGACAAGAGCAUUUGAUCGAAAUGGAAUUGGCUAUUUUGAAAAAGACUUGA